AUGACAGGUUUGUGCAUUUUUAUAGCUGCACUGGUGUUGCCGACUCUUUCUGAGAGUGGUAAAACAUACCUGCCAACAUGGGAGUCUCUGGAUUCACGACCACUGCCUGCCUGGUUUGAUGAGGCUAAGAUAGGAAUCUUCUUACACUGGGGAGUCUUCUCUGUGCCCUCGUUUCAGUCUGAAUGGUUUUGGAAUAGUUGGAACAAUGGGAAUCCAGCCGCUGUAGAAUUCAUGAAAAAGAACUAUCCACCCAACUUUACAUAUGCAGAUUUUGGAUCUCAGUUCAAAGCAGAGUUUUAUGAUACUGACCUGCUUGCUGACAUCUUCAAGGACGCAGGAGCAAAAUAUGUAGUCCUGACCAGCAAGCAUCAUGAGGGCUACACAAAUUGGCCUUCCAAUUAUUCUUGGAACUGGAACUCGAUGGAUGUUGGUCCCAAAAAAGAUUUAGUAGGAGAACUGGCCACGUCCAUUCGAAAAAGAACUGACCUUAGAUUUGGAUUGUAUCAUUCUAUGUUUGAAUGGUACCACCCUUUAUAUUUAAACGACAAAAGCAACAAUUUUAAAACGAACUUAUUCACAAUGAGUAAAACGUUACCAGAGUUAUAUGAGAUAGUGAACCUGUACAAACCUGAUGUUGUUUGGUCGGAUGGAGAGUGGGAGGCAUCUUACAAAUAUUGGAACAGCACUGAAUUCUUGGCUUGGCUUUAUAACGACAGCCCAGUAAAAAAUACAGUUGUGGUCAAUGAUAGAUGGGGAGGGGAGACACUGUGCAAACACGGAGGAUUUUACACUUGCACAGACCGUUUCAAUCCAGGUGUUCUUCAGAAACAUAAAUGGGAGAAUUGCAUGACGAUGGACCUCAGUUCGUGGGGUUACAGAAGAGUAGCCCAAUUAAAAGACAUUAUAACAAUCAAUAAGCUAAUUUAUGAACUCGCAUCAACUAUAAGCUGUGGUGGAAAUAUAUUGAUCAACGCUGGAAUUCGAUCAGAUGGACGAAUUGAUCCCAUCUUUGAGGAGCGGUUGAGGCAACUGGGUACGUGGUUGAAAGUUAAUGAGGAGGCAGUUUAUUCGUCAGUUCCUUGGAAGUUUCAAAACGACACCAUCACCGAAAACAUAUGGUACACAUCUAAACAACUUGCCACUAGCAAAGCCGUUUAUGUUUUUGUUUUAGACUGGCCAUCAAAAAAUAUUUUGACGUUAGGAGCUCCUCAGCCAUCUUCAUCUACCAAGGUCACAAUGAUUGGGCAUAAUGCAACAUUUCAAUGGAGCAAACUUUCAUCGAGUGGAGGCAUGAAUAUAACCUUUCCAUACAUUUCACCCAACCAGCUGCCUUCAAUGUGGGCUUGGGUUCUGAAAUUACAAAAUUUGAACAACUAA